AUGUCCGACGCGCGCACCCCGCGCGGGAAACGCGUGGACGAUCGAUCCGGCGCCUUUGACGCCCAGUCCUUCGCGCGCAUCGUCAAGCGAGAGGCGAAACAACUCGCCGCGUUCAUUCGAUCGAGCGCGCGGUACGCCGCGCGUCACGCCUCCGCGCCGAGCGCUUUGAACGCGUACGGACUGUACGGCGACGCGUCGUACGGCGACGACGAUGACGCGCACGACGCGCUGCUCGACGCGCUGUCAAACGUGCGAUCGAUCGAGAGAGGGAGACGCGCGGACGAGGCGAGAGGCGCGGCGCGCGCGGAGACGGCGACGAGAUCGAGUCGAGACGACGCGGUGAAGGACGCGGAUGAGCAUGGUGAUGAUGCGACAGCGAUGAUUGAACCGUUUUUGAACGUGGUGCGAAGCGUGGAGACGGGAGGGAUGGUGACGAGCGCGGCGUUGGUGGCGAUCUUGAAGAUCUUGAAGAGCGGACGGGCGACGCGAGACUUGCCGGGCGGCGCGGGAAGGUUCGUGCACGCGGUCGCGGACGCGGUGACUCUGUGCCGGUUCGAGGCGACGAGCGCGGAAGAUGACGAUGCGGUAUUGAGCCAGAUCCUGUACGUGUUGGCGGCGUGUGUGGAGUGCGAUUGCGGCGACGCGCUGAGCGACGACGAUUUGUGCGACGUGUUUCAGGCGUGCUACAGGAUUGGACAUCAGAGCGGUAAGGAGACCCCGUUGUUGCGAGAGCUGAGUAAGCAGACUUUGAGUGAGAUUGUUUACCACAUCAGUCAGCGCACGGGUGAGAUCGUCCGCGCGACGGCGGUGGCGACGGCGAACAGUAGAGAAGGUAAGGCGCCGAGACUGAUGUCGCCAAGAAACGCGGUGAUCCUCCCGCCAACGCCAACCCCUGUGGUGCCCGCGACCGAAGGCGAGGAGGAUCCGGGGAGUCCACAGGAAGUGGCAGGUCCGGGGACGGACAUCACUGCGCACGAGCACUCGGAAACGGCGAAGGAUCCGCACGGAUUGCCAGCGUUGAUUGAAAUUUUCCGCUUCGCUGUGAGUCUCAUAGCUCCUGACACGCACGGUCGUGGGUCGGAGGACGCGAACAGCUUGUUCGGUUUGAAGCUCGUGACUAUAAUGCUCGAUGGCAACACCCAGCACUUCCGAACGAAUCGUGCGCUCAUGAGUUUGAUUUUGGACGACCUCUCUCGUGCCUUGUGCGGAGUCGUCGUCUCGUGCUCAGCGAACGUGUUGGCGGCGACGACGUCCCUCAUCACAGCUAUCUACGCGGAUUUCAGGGAAGAUCUCAAACUACACUUGGAGGCAUUCGUGCGCAUGGUGAUUUUGCCGCUAUGCUCGAGCGUUAAGGGCGGUCAUGACCAGACGCAGCUUGUGGCACUGGACGCGCUCGUCGAAUUGUGCAGGGAGGAGCACUUCGCAACCGAUUUAUACAUGUACUACGACUGUGAUCUGACCAAGCCAAACGUUUUCGAAGAGGUGGCGACCGUGUUGGCACAGACGUCAUAUCCCGGAGAUGCCACGCUCGCUCCAGUGCAUCUGCUCAGCCUGGAAGGUCUGUUAUCUAUUGUCCAAGCCGUUUCGAACCGAGCUCGAUGGGCGUCGCCGAGACAGGCUUUUGAUUUCGCGAACAAUUCGGUGAUCGAUCCCUGGUCCCUUGACGACGGUUCGAGCGCGAUUGGGUCCGAACGAUUCAAAGCUCUGGCGAGAAUGAAGUACUUUAAGCGACGAUUAUUGAGCGCCGCGGAGCACUUCAAUCGUUCGUACAAGAAGGGGUUGGCGUACAUGCAAGAGAUCAAGCUCCUGCCGGAUCCGCUCGAGCCUGUUGGAGUGGCGAAAUUUUUGAAGUUCGCUCCAGGGUUGGACAAAGAGGUUGUCGGUGACUACCUCGGCGAGCCAGCGGCGUUCGUCAUUUCGGUAUUGGACGAGUACACCAAGCUGUUUGACUUUAGAGACGUAACGCUGGAUCGGGCGUUGAGAUCGUUCUUAUCGGGAUUCAAGCUGCCGGGUGAGGCGCAAAAAAUUUCGCGAAUCCUCGAGUGCUUCGCCGCUCGGUAUUAUGAGUCCAAUCCGGACUCGGUGGCGGACGCUGACUCGGCGUACGUGCUAUCCUACAGCAUCAUUAUGCUCAACACGGAUCAGCACAACGCGCAAGUAAAGAACAAGAUGACGCUGGAGCAGUUUAUUCGAAACAACAGAGGGACGAACGGCGGCGAGGACUGGCCCGCUGAGGUGCUUGUCAACAUAUUCGACUCAAUCGUCACUGAUGAAAUCAAACUCGACGCCGGUGGUGCAUCGAGCCUGACGCCGAGUCGAUGGGAACAACUCUUGCGAGACGUGAAUGCUGGCAGAGGAAAGUUGCAGGCCACGCCUGACCACGUUGAGGCAGCCCUGUACGACGGUGAGUUGUUCGGCAUCAUUUGGGGUUCGACAGCCGCCGCGAUUUCUGCUGUGUUUGAACACACAGCGGACGAUGCGGUGAUGCAAUCGAGCUUGCUCGGAUUCUUGUCCGUGGCGAAUAUCUCCGCCUCGCACGGCAUGUCCGAGGUACUCGACCAGCUCGUCGCUACGCUGUGCAAGUUCGCGAACGAAGGUUUGACGAGAGAAGAGGUGUUGCCCUCCGGAGAGCGUUCUCGCCCACUCGUCGUCUUUGGCGAAGACGUCAGAGCGUGCGCUGCGACGAGGACCGUCUUUGGUAUAGCGCACAAGCACGGCGACGUUCUCCGACAAGCAUGGUGCAACAUUUUGGACACGGUUCUGCGCAUGACAAAGGUUGGUUUAGUUUCGGAGAAUCUCUUCAUCGCCGACGAUGAGUCUUCGUACAGAUCCGAGAUGCAAACAAAGCGCAUUCGCGACAUCGCUCGGGCGAAGAGAAGUCAAGGAUCGUCGCUUCUUCGUUCGUUUUCCGCCAUGAUUGCAGGCGAUGACGGACGUGACACACCUUUGCCGCCGCCAACAGAAGCGGAACAAAGAAUAGAAGACCUGGCCACUGCGUGCGUGAGCGCCUGUCGCGUGAAAGAGAUUUUCUCUGAUACCAAGUUUUUGGAGCUCGAGUCGUUGACUUAUCUCAUGAGAGCGCUCGUCUGGGCCGCUGGGGAUCCGGCUCUCGUCUCCGCCACCGCGGAUGAUGAAGAUGCGGCAAUUUUUUGCUUGGACGCAAUGUUCAUGGUGACGAUGCGCAAUCGAGACAGAGUUCACGCGGUUUUGCCUAUUCUAACGACAUAUCUCGGCGAAAUCCUCCGGGCGGCGAAGAAGCCGUCGCCGGCGUGCGAGAUAAUCGUCUUUGAGUUGAUUCGUCUGUGCGUCGUGUUGAUUCCGAACGAUGAAGACGUCGCAGACGAUUUGGUGGAAUCCUUGCGAUUGUUGUUUUCACUCGAGCCAACUGUCGCGGAUGCAUUCCUCAGUCGUAUCGCCGCGCAAAUCGACUCCCUCAUCGAAGUCGGUGCGCGCAAUAUCAAGACGCAGCAGAGCUGGGACACGAUGUGUAAGCUCCUGAUGGCGAGUGCCUUGCAUCCGGGAGCCGCGGAGAAAGGAUUCUCUGCGCUCUCGAGAAUCAUGAGAGAAGCUGCGAACGUGAAUGCGGUGAACGUGCGAUCGUGUCUAGAGGCGGCGAGCUCGUUCGUUGAUAGCGACCAGGGUGGAGAUGAGCGCAGUAUUGCUGCUCUACAACUGCUUUCCGACGCCAACGUAGCCGUUUGCGCGUGGGCUUCGAAUUCCACGGUUACUGAUGAGGAAAGGACAGAGGUCAUCGCCGGCGCGUGGGGCGAUUUAGUUCGUGAACUCGGACGAAUCAGUUUUGAGGACACUCGAGCGGCGGUUCGAGACGACGCCGUUCUGACACUCCAGCGCGUGUUAUUAGGCGCUGAAUCCCUCGACGCGGGGGGCGAUUUGUGGCUGACGACGUUUGACUCGGUGUUGCUCACCAUGCUCAACGAACUCACGGAGACGGUUCGUAAGACUCGCGGAAGAGAUAGCGGCGCGGCAGAAAAUACUGCGCGUAUCGCGGUCGCGUGCGUGACGAAGACGUUCCUUCAGUACGGCUCUAAAAUGAAGGCAGAAGAUGGCUCGGCAUUUGGCGGUACGCUCUUAGCAAUCAUGGACGCCGCGUCAUUACUCCAAAAGCACGCAAAAACGGAGGAGCUCGUCGACGCGGUGCCGGAAGCCAUUAAAAACGUUCUUCUAGUUUUGUGCGCGGGCGAGAUCGUUGAGCGUGAUGAUCCUCUCUGGGGCAAGAUGUGGGGCAAAGCUGGCGCGAUGGACGUCGAGCUGACGCCUGCGGCGCUCGGCCUCAACCCGACACCGAUGUCCCCUCGCGCGGAGGCACUGCCCGUCGCAGUCGAAGCGACGUCGCCUCAGUGA